UUCUUAUCUUCAGAUUAAUAAUAAUAAAAACCAGAAACACCAACAUAAACCUGUCUUUUGCUUUUAUUUUGAUUCUUCUACCAUAUCCUAAACAACUUGCCCCACUCUUACGCACACAGAUAUCUCCAUCCAUGCAAUGAAGUUGACCAACUCUAUGUCAAAUUGUUUGAUUUCCAAAGCUUCACUUAUAAUCCAAGGUCGUCUAAAUACUACUAGGGAUGGUAUCUCUCCUUAAAAGCAAUGAGAGACUUCUUAGGAAGGAAAUCCCAACUACCACUAAGGAAGGAACCCGAGAAAAGGGAGGACCAAUUACACCAACAGGAGACUAUAUUUUUCUUUCCUUUGAGUAAGUUCCAAGCCUUGUUGCCUGUUUUCUCUACUUUCAAGCCACCUCCCAAAGAGCAGUCCCCCCCUAUGGAGAAACACCAAUAUGGCUUUGCAUUAAGUUUCUCCAUUGUUGUUUCCCUUGGUCUUGCUUCCUUCCUAUCGUGUAUAGCUGCUGAGUUAAAGAGAACAAAGAUCAAGGAUAUCAAGUUGGAUGGAAAACUGUGUUAUUUGCCAGGAAGUCAUGCAUUUGGGUUCGGAAUUGCAGCCUUGGUCUGUUUGCUCAUUGCUCAGAUAAUCGGCAAUCUGAUCAUUUGCAUGAAUUCUUGUUCAAGGGAGGAGAGAAACGACUGCAAGACAAGAAGACCGAGGACUGCCUCAAUCCUCCUGUCAAUUUCAUGGUUGAGCUUUGGAAUUGCAGUUAUAUUAAUGAGUGGAGCAAUAAGCAUGAGCAGAAGCCAGCCCUAUGGGAAAGGAUGGUUGGACGGCGAAUGCUACCUAGUCAAAGACGGCACAUAUAUUGGUUCAGCAAUACUAGUGCUAAUCACAAUAGGUUCAACACUUGGCUCAGCCAUCACAACAAAAAGGAAAAGCCAGACCGAUAAAGGCCAAAAAAUACAUGCACAAGUAGGAUGAAAAGACAGAUAGUGGGAAAUAUGUGAGAAGAUUUUAGAAAACAGAGGUGGAUUUCUUCAGGGCAGACUAGACAAGAGUUUGGGAGACACAGCAAUGCCAAAUGUAGCAGCAACACCAGCUAAAGAAGAAUGUCGGGCCUCUACCCCUUUGAAGCAACAUUUUCUUUUUCAUUUGUUCUCAGGGAAAAAAGGUGAAUAAAAGCAAUAACACAACCAACUGUAACCUGCCCCCGCACCCAAUGUCAAAAGAAAUAAUUUCCAUCGAAAUGAAAGGAAGACUUCUUUCAAACGUAUAUCGUCAACGAUGGAACCCAGUAGAAGAGGAAAAAAUAGAUAUCUAUUCUAUUAUGAUACUUUAUAUUUUCCAAUCACACGAUUACAUAUGUGAUAGUGAAACACUUUCUGUAUCUAUCAAUUUGUAAGUAAAGAAGUUCAAAUUAAAGUCCAAAAACUGAGUGACACAAAGUUCUUUUCUUGCAAAAUGUUCCCUAAAGUAACAAAGAGUCAACAACCACAUGUUAUAAAGAAAAUAAUUCAAUGAUCUUCAGCUAAUAUUUUCUUAGGAAUUCAAUCAUCUUUAAUCAACUGUUUCCUGUUUGACAAGUGAUAUAAACAAUUAGAGAAAGGGCCACAUCAAAGCCACCAACUCGCCCAAGUUUGGAGGGCACAGGCUCGGCUCCUAAAGCUCAAUUUUUAUACAUAGUUGCAGUGCAGGUAAAGGAACUAAUAUAAUAUUCCACUCCAAGCACAAUUUGGUCCUACUCUCAACUUGGUAAGCAAUAUUGAUGCUAGUGACCCCAAAAAUGAGUAAAGUGCACAAUGACAACCUAGGCUAAAGUUCCGUUCUUUUAGUCCUCUCUAGUAGAGUUCAAGUGAUUGCAUUGCCAUUUGUAAUCCUCUCUAAUAGAG